CAGUGUUAGUACAUUUGGUGUUAUGUAGGAAUUACAGUUCUUCACUAUUAAUAGGAAAAGGGACUAUUAGGAAAGCUAAAUGGAUUACUUGUGGUUACAUAAUACAAUGUGUUAUUCAAUUAAUAAAAAGGCAUACAAAAUAAGAGGAAGAACCCAUGCUUAUAAUGUUAUUUCUAUGUUAUAUAUGUACAUAUAAAGUGAGGUCAGUUGGAAAUCAUCUAUUCCUGAAAGGUACAUAAAAAGUAUUACAUCAUUUGUCAGGAUCUGCCUAGUGUGUUAAAAAUAGGCUGUUUAUUUUUAUAAUAUAGAAAGGAAUCUGAAUAGGUGCUGCAAAUAAGAAUUUAAGCAUAUUUAUAUUAUAGAGGAAAGAAUUGGAAAGUUAUUCUUUUACUUUAGUCUUAGAAGUAAGAGACUUCUAAUUUGUAGAAUAUGUGUAGUUUUAUGAAAAAUAUUAGGUAUCGUAGACUUUUUUUUACUAUUGGGGAUUGAACUCAUGACCUUGCACUUACCAGAGAGGCACUUAUGAGCUAAACCCCUGGCCUGACUUUUGGUUUUAAUAGUGUAAGGCACAGAGGGAUUCUGGAAUUAUCUCAAGUGACAAGAAUUUCAUUAUAUGGCUAUGUGGUAAUAUUAGGAAAAGAAGAUUUUAUUAACUAGCUAGCUUAAUAGUAAAGCAAAAGUAGUUGGCGUGUUCCAUUUCAGGUAGAUUGAGAUACAGUUAUGAAUACAGUGUAUACCUGACCAACAGAAGUUUAUCCUGCAUGUAUAACACAUAUCUAGCUAUAAGGAUAGCCAUCAUUUUUUAGACUUUUCUCAAUUUCUGUGCUGGUGCUGUGUCAUUUUGGUUGAUUAUUGGUUGUAGUGAGACUUUAUCUCUGUCAUCAUGAACAAUACCAAGACAUAGAUAGUCUUACUGAUUAAACCAAUCUCCACUUAUUCCAGGUUGCCAGUGUUAAUUCUAUAGAGCUUUUCUGCGAGGCCAUUUAAGCCAUUAAUUCUGUCUUUGAGGCUGCUGCCUACCAUGGUGGGACUCAUUCAGGUGAUUUAAAACAAAAACUACCUAGAUGUAGUCUUUCAGAAGAAUCCCUCAGAAGGUAGUAGGCAGACAUUUUUAAGGAUUUCAUGAGGAGGACACUGUAUCAGACUGUAUCAGACAAACACCAUGUAUUUUGCUGUUUACAGGGCAAUAGAUUUAAUACAGCACACAUAUUUUAUAGGAUUAUUUUAUAAUAUUCAUUUAAAAAGUCAAAUGGAGAAGAGUAAAGAUCUGUUUAUGCACUGGAGACCUAAAGAAUCCAACAGCAACAUCCUGCAUGAGUCCAGCUGAAGACUUAGAGCCCAUGAUGAUGUCUUAUGCAAGUCUAUAUCAAGGAUCUGCACUGAGAAAGCCCAGUGGUCAGUGGUGGAAGCUAGAAAGUCUAUACCAGUGAGAUGAAGGAUCUAUGCCAGCAGGCUGAGGGAUCUGCCUUGGAGCCAGGAAGUGAUGCUUAAGGCCAGUCUAUCCAUAUGGGGAUGGGGAAGCCUUGGCAUUGUCCUUUUUCUAAUAACCUUUGGACCCUUUGUAAUAUUUUAUUUGGCAUUUUAUAUCCUCUGCUUUGUGGGUGGGGGUUUAGUGGUAACUCUCCUGUUUGGGAAAACAAACUCAGAAAAGCACCUAGAGCAGUGUGAACACUCAUUUCUUCCUCCGACAUCAACUGGGAUUCCUAAGUGUUUAGAAGAAAUGAAACGGGAAGCCAGGACUAUUAAGAUUGAUAGAAGGUUGACGGGUGCCAAUAUAAUUGAUGAGCCUCUCCAGCAAGUUAUCCAAUUUUCCUUGAGAGAUUAUGUCCAGUAUUGGUAUUAUACACUAAGUGAUGAUGAAUCUUUUCUUCUUGAAAUUAGGCAAGCUCUUCAAAAUGCACUCAUUCAGUUUGCUACUAGGGCAAAAGAAAUAGACUGGCAACCUUAUUUUACUACACGAAUUGUAGAUGAUUUUGGCACACACCUAAGAGUAUUCAGAAAGGCUCAACAGAGAAUAACAGAGAAAGAUGAUCAAAUGAAAGGUACAGCAGAGGAUCUUAUAGAUUCCUUCUUUGAAGUUGAAGUUGAAAUGGAAAAGGAAGUUUGCCGUGACCUAGUGUGCACUUCUUCCAAAGAUGAAGAAGGAUUCCUAAGGGAUUUGUGUGAGGUCUUACUAUAUUUAUUGCUACCUCCUGGAGAUUUCCAGAACAAGAUCAUGCGAUACUUUGUCAGGGAAAUUCUUGCACGUGGAAUUCUUCUUCCGUUAAUAAAUCAACUCAGUGAUCCUGAUUAUAUUAAUCAGUAUGUCAUAUGGAUGAUCCGUGAUUCAAAUUGCAAUUAUGAGGCCUUUAUGAACAUUAUUAAAUUGAGUGACAAUGUUGGAGAGCUAGAAGCAGUUAGAGAUAAGGCAGCAGAAGAAUUACAGUAUCUUAGAUCUUUAGAUACAGCUGGUGAUGAUAUCAACACUAUCAAAAAUCAAAUAAAUAGCUUACUAUUUGUGAAGAAAGUUUGUGAUUCAAGAAUACAACGAUUACAGUCAGGCAAAGAAAUAAAUACUGUGAAACUGGCAGCAAACUUUGGGAAACUUUGCACAGUCCCAUUGGACAGCAUUCUUGUAGACAAUAUUGCACUACAAUUUUUUAUGGAUUAUAUGCAGCAAACUGGAGGUCAAGCACAUCUUUUCUUCUGGUUGACAGUGGAAGGGUACCGGGUUACAGCUCAUCAGCAGUUAGAGGUUUUAUUAAGUCGCCAGAGAGAUGGAAAACAUCAAACCAACCAAACCAAAGGUCUUUUAAGAGCAGCUGCUGUUGGAAUUUAUGAACAGUAUUUAUCUGAAAAGGCAUCUCCAAGAGUUACUGUUGAUGACUAUUUAGUAGCAAAAUUAGCAGAUACUUUGAAUCAUGAAGAUCCAACCCCUGAAAUCUUUGAUGACAUUCAGAGGAAGGUGUAUGACUUGAUGCUACGAGAUGAAAGGUUUUAUCCUUCCUUCAGACAGAAUGCCCUGUAUGUGCGCAUGUUAGCUGAGCUGGACAUGCUAAAAGAUCCCAGUUUCAGAGGCUCAGAUGAUGGUGACGGAGAAUCUUUUAAUGGGUCUCCUACAGGAAGCAUAAAUUUGUCUUUAGAUGACCUUUCAAGUGUAUCUUCUGAUGACUCAGUACAACUUCAUGCUUACAUUUCAGAUACCGUAUUUGCUGACUGUAAUCCGUAUGCUGUGGCAGGCGUUUGUAAUGACCACGGCAAAACGUAUGCAUUAUAUGCCAUCACUGUACACCGGCGCAAUCUGAACACGGAGGAGAUGUGGAAAACCUAUCGUCGUUACAGUGACUUCCAUGACUUCCAUAUGAGAAUUACUGAACAGUUUGAAAAUCUAUCAAGCAUAUUGAAGCUUCCUGGUAAAAAGACUUUUAACAACAUGGAUAGAGAUUUUUUAGAAAAGAGGAAAAAAGAUCUAAAUGCCUAUUUACAGUUACUAUUAACUCCUGAAAUGAUGAAAGCAUGCCCCGCUUUGGCUCACUGUGUGUAUGACUUCCUUGAGAAUAAAGCCUACAGUAAAGGGAAAGGGGACUUUGCUCGCAAGAUGGACACUUUUGUAAAUCCACUUCGAAAUUCUAUGAGGAAUGUUUCAAAUGCAGUUAAAUCACUUCCUGAUAGUUUGGCAGAAGGAAUGACUAAAAUGUCAGACAACAUGGGCAAAAUGUCAGAAAGAUUAGGUCAAGAUAUAAAGCAAUCAUUUUUCAAGGUGCCUCUAAUUACAAAGACUGAUUCAGAUCCUGAACAUUGUCGAGUUUCAGCUCAACUUGAUGAUAAUGUGGAUGACAAUAUUCCUCUUAGGGUAAUGUUGCUUCUCAUGGAUGAAGUAUUCGACUUGAAAGAGAGAAAUCAGUGGUUGCGAAGGAAUAUUAAAAACCUACUUCAGCAGCUUAUUAGAGCUACAUAUGGUGACACUAUUAAUAGAAAAAUAGUUGACCAUGUUGACUGGAUGACCUCACCUGAACAAGUAGCCGACUCAGUGAAACGUUUCAGAGAUGCAUUUUGGCCAAAUGGCAUUUCAGCAGAGACUGUUCCAUGCAGAGACAAAGCUAUACGAAUGAGAACAAGAAUUGCAGGAAAAACAAAAUUAUUUGCAAUUAUGCCAGAUGAACUGAAGCACAUUAUUGGAGCUGAGACAACGCGGAAAGGUAUUCUUCGUGUUUUUGAAAUGUUUCAACACAAUCAGUUAAAUAGGAGAAUGGUUUAUGUCUUCUUGGAAGGCUUUUUAGAAACGUUAUUUCCACAGUAUAAAUUCCGUGAACUUUUCAACAAACUGCAUUCAGGGUCAAAGCAAAUGCUGAAAUACAAACAGAAACUUCAAACUACUCAAGCACCUUCUUUACAGAAAAGGUGACACUCCAGUCUGUGAAGCUGGUGUUCAUUUUGUCCACGACUGAUGGUAUGGACAGAUCUUCUGGGGCUUAAUUCAUAUACUGUUGUGUCUGCACCAGUCUUUUAGUGUCUCAAAAUAGGUUAUUAAUACAUCCAUAAGACUUGUUCUGCACAUCCUCAUCUAUAGUCCAGCCACUACCAAGAGAGAUUUCUGUGUCUUAAAUGAUUUGGUGCAUAAUUUGCAACACUGAGAGAAUAUUUGCCCCCAUCUCAUGCAAGAAUGAUGGUGGACUCUUCUGCUUCAAGCUAAUCAACAUUCUCCAGCAGUGACAAAGUGCCAGAGCGAUGAGGGAUAAGGAAAGCACAAAACAAUGGUUCACAGAUAAAUUCAUUAAUUUCUUUAACAGUUGGUGACUGUACAGUGUAUAAUUUGGAGAAAUUUGUUGUGCAUAAUGAUUUUGUAAAUUGGUGUUAGCAUUUUGAUAUAGUGUGGAUUGGCGAGGUAAAUGAUCUUUAUAACAUCUAUUUCAGGUUUGGAAAAGCAACAGAAUGCCCUUAAAGAAUGACAUAAUUUAUUCCUGAAUUACGGUUUUGUGGCAUAAAACAAAAAUACAUAAUUUGGUUAGAUUUAAUAUCCAUUGGUAUAAAACAAACUGUAAUUGAUUCUUAAUAUGCUUUAAGGGCUCUUUUUCCCUUGCUAAGUUUUCUUUUGGCAUUCUGUGUGCAGAAAAAAAGCAUGUGGUAGCUUUCAUUUAAGUUUCAAAAUUUAUUAGUUUUAGCUUUAACAGAUUACUGAUUAUACAGAAGGGGAGUAAUUUGUUGGAAGAACUGCCAAAUACAUUCUGUCUUUCUAAAAAUGUGGAGAUUAAAAGAAAACAGUACUCUAUUGAAAGUUGCCAUAUGAUAAUUUUAAAUCGUGUGAUCUAGACAUGCCUUAGGUAACUAUAAAAAUAGUGAAUCAGAGGAUUAAUGAGCUUAUUAGUCAUACGUAAACAUACAAGUUCCUAAUUAUAAUCUGUACAUAUAUGAAAAUAAUGAAAACAGAACUGUACUAUUUUUUAAACUAUGCUUUUAUUUAUAUUUCACAUAAUGUAAAAUUUUAAAUAAAGCUAGCAAAAUCCUUCACUGUAUACAUUCAAAUCCCUAAAAUAAUUUUAUACCAACAGAACAAAAUAUCUUUUCCAGUUUUGAAGCCUCUGCAUUUCCUAGUUUUCUCACUGUCCAUUUUGUCCACCUUGGAAGUCUUCAUAUCCCUUGUAUGCAGGAUUUCUGCAUAGUUUUAAAUGCUUCCAUUGACUGAGGGUUUGGAUGUAUCAGCUUCUUUUGUUUAAAAAUAUUUAACACUAAAACCUUAAAAUAGUGAAGCUACUUAUCAGACCACUGAGCCAGGAUCCUGGUAUUAAAGGAAUGUCUGGGUGCUUAAGAUAAAGGGACAGAGUAUUAGUAUCCCAGUUAUUUGGGAGCUUUAAUGUUGAAACAAGAUAUUAUUGUCUUGCUUUCACUUAGAUCCUACUUACAAAGUGAAACCUAUUAAUAGAAUAAAACCUUCCUUUAAAGCUACAUAAUAAUCAUAUUUAUUAAUAAUGCUGUUGUGCAUACUUGUGGUAUGCGUACAUUCAGCGUGUGUUGCAUGUCUUCAGAAUUCCAGAGGUGAAAUCCCUUUCAUUGCAAGCUAGCAAGCGAGAAAAACCCCCUUAGUAGCUCUGGUGGAAGAAGCAUUUCUUCUUGGUGCUUCUCCUUGCUCCCCCGCCCCCACUCCCGCCCCCACCCCAUCCCGUCCCGAGACUUUAAAAGUGAGAUAUGUGAAACGUGUCUGUAGGAAGCAUCAGCAUGGCCUAAGUGCAAUGACUUUCAUAUAUGCCCCUCUCCAUUUCAAGUAUAUUUUUUGACAAGAAUAAAUCUAACUGUAUACAGAAGAAUUCUUGUAAGAGCCUAAUAUGUAUGUGUGAAAAGGCAUUUCCAUAUAAUGUGAGGAAUAUUGACUGUCAACCAGGGAUAGAAAGGUCAUGUAAGAUUGCAAGUUUUCCUGACAGAGCCCUGCAAGAUAAAUGCAGUCAUACCAAAAAGAACUAUUUGACUACAUGGGUUUUUUAAGUAAUUUUGGUUUAAAAGAAUUUAUAUUUCAAAAGCAGAAAUGUCAACUAGUAGUCUGUGUAAACAGUGAUGCGUCUUUAUGCACAUCUGUGUUUUAUAUCGGAGGAAGCUGUGGUCAUGCUAAAAUUAGAGAUACUUUUUGAAUGACUUGGUCAAGCUGUGUGUAAAAUAUUUAACCCGUAAGUGAAAUACGGUGUACUAUGUUUAUUAAAAUUAUUACACUUAAUGCAUUUAUUGCAUUUAUGGAUAUAUACAUGAAGAGGCUUUAUGUCUUCUGAUAUUUGAUUUUUGAAUGUGUCUUUAAGUCAGUGGUGCCUUUAGGCAAAAACUUUCAGAAUUAAUCAUUCUUUGAGUUUUCUGAUUUUUCAGAUAACAUGUAAACACUUAGAAAUCAUAUUUUAUUCACCUAAAAAUUGAUUGUAUAACUUAAAUAUAGCACUUAGAUGAGCAUUUCCUAUAAUUAGGGUGUUCCAAAUAGUUGCUGAAAGCAAUUGUGCCAUUGACCAAUGGAAGCACUUGUUUGGCCUUAUUUUUUUUUUUAAAAAAACAAACAUUAAGAAGUUUCUUGACUGUUUCAGCUUGCUCAUUUUAAGUUUCUGCUGCUGGUGUUGGGAAAAAAUCAGUUAAGUACUACCAGAAAAUGUACCAUUUUUUUAAAAAAAAUUAAGAACAAUAUAAAUUUUGCAAUCUAAAAAUUUAAUUUUGUGCAAUAUUUUCAUUUAAUGCAUGUGUAUUUGAGUAAUUGUAAAAUAAAUGAAUUUUUAAUGUUUUGAGAUGUAGUUUAAACUGUCUUCUUAACCCAACAACUUACAUUCCAUUGUUGCUGCAUCCUCUUAUUUAAGGACUUGUUUAAAAGUCUUUUUUGUCACUCCUUGUAAAAUUCUUUUGGUAGUAGUAAAUUUUGCUUAUAGGAGCAUGGCUCCUGUAUUACAAGGGAAAAUAUAAAGAGCACAUUUUAGGAUUGAAAAUUGUUAAAAGAUACCUUGUGCAUAUCAUUGUACAGUAUGUGUCAACUGUGUGCCUAACUGUUCUACCAAUACUUCCUUCUUUAACAAAGAAGAAACAAUCAGAAUGUCAGUUAUUUUUAUUAACUAAAAAGAGGAUUUAAAAUUUUUAUUUGGUUUGCGUUAUAUUCUGUCCAUUAGAGGAUACUAAUAAAGUAUUAACAAACA